UUGACAUUUGCAAGGGUGAGACCGAGAGAGAAGCACGAUGGAUCGAUUCAGGUGGAUUAUAAUGUCUUCAUUUCUGAUGCUGCUGGUUCAGUUUAAAGCAGCAGCUGGGACGUAUUCCUUCUCCAAUGUCAGAGUUGGAGAUGAAGUCACUUUGUCUUGUGGAAAUGUGACAGAUGAUCAGGAUCAGGAUGACAGUAUUGAUUGGUUCUUGACUCGUUCAGGAAACACAGCAAUGCUGUUUGAACACGGGCAGAUUCAGGAGGAAGCCAAAGCUAAAUCAGACAGACUGAGUGUUACAGAGAACUUUUCUUUGGUUAUAAAGAACGUCUCACUUGAGGAUGCUGGUGGCUACAUCUGCAUCCAGUUCAGAUCAGGACUAGAACAAGGUGAAACCACAGUGGUUUUUCUGAAUAUUGUUACCAUAACUGAAGAGAAGAACGAUGAUACGGUCACCUUGAACUGCUCUGUGUCUACAAGUGAUUGGUGUUUCCACACAGUGAAGUGGCUGUAUGAGGGUCAUAAGAGUGACUUGAAGACAGAACAGGUUGACUGUUCAGCCACUGCGACAUUUACAUCUCACCUUAAUCAGAAGUCAGAGUAUUAUGAGUUAUUGAAAUGUGAAGUGAAACAUUCCAAAUUUGUGCACCUGUUCACCUUCAGCCCUCCUCAGUCCCCAGGUGAUGAUGCAACAACUACAAAUAAAUCACCAACGACAACAGGAAAUAAUCGGACAUCAGAAGAGACAAACAACCCGACAUCUGAAAACAAUACCAAUGGACCAGGCUGGUGGAAGAUCAUCGUCGUGUUUUUGGGUUUAGCAACACUCAUAAGUGUUGCUGCGGUCAUUAUAUGGAGAGUUAAAGGGAACAAAACACGGACGGAAGGAAACAUUGAGCAUGAUGAUGAAGAUGAAGAUGAAUGUACGGAGAACUAUGAAAACAAUGCAGAGCAUUUUGCCUUUGUCUGACUCCACUGAUCAACAACAUCAACUCACCACAGAGUCUUCUGCUAUUAAACAUCAUCUCAUCAUAUAUUACAUGAGUAGCUACCAAAAUGAAAUGUUGAUGGAUAACUGAAUGUGUUUUCUGUGCCGAGCUGUUUCUAUUUUAGUCUGAGCUGGACAAAGAUACUCAAGUCUUGAUCUGAUCUCAUAUUAAGA